AAUCUAUAAUUUAUAUAAAUAUUAAAAUUUAUUAUCUAUAUUCUUUGUUAUUAAUUUAAAUACAUAAAUAUAAAAUAUGGAGGAAGAUUCACCUGUAACAAGUUUUCCAGUAAUCUUAGAAAAAGAUCCCUUUGACGAGGAACCUCCACUGGGUCAGGCUGAAACUAGACCCGGAGUUCUUUUACUACGUUCAUGGCUAAAUACGUCACUUACCGUGGAAAUGACCGAUGGAAGAAUUCUCAUAGGAGUAUUUUUAUGCACAGACAGAGACGCUAACAUAAUUCUAGGAUCUUGUUCAGAGUACUUGCCAUUUGAAAACAACAGCAAAAUUACAAACGAAGAGCCAAGAAUGCUGGGACUGGUCAUGGUACCUGGGAAGCAUAUUGUCAGUAUAAUUCUAGAUCCUAAUGUGGACUCUGCUUCGAGGAAUCCGUUCAAUAAACAUUAUGGGAGUGAAGAAAUUAUGUAAAUUUGUGUAGAACAUAACAUAGACUAUAAGCAAGCUGUACAAAGUUAGAAAUAAGCAAUAUAUAACAUUUCUUGUUGGUUUUUU